CUUCUUUAGGUUAUUUGAUUUCCAUGUGAGUUGUUUCAGUGGUUACAAAUACAGGAAAGACAUUCUUUAUAUUUCCCACUGUAUUUAAAAGUAACAAUGUCAAGUGUAGAAUCUGGUUCUGGCUGGGCAUUGUCCGAUGACGAUAGCGAGGGAAGUGAUAGCGCUUCUCUAUUACCUCAACGAAAAAGAAGUAGGAAAGAUGAUAGCAUACAACAAUACAGAAGUCCUGCAAACAUACAGAAAAAGCGCACUGCUGAAACACGAAAUACUGAUUCUAAGAAAGUUUGCCCAUAUGCAGACAAAUGUUACCGCAAGAAUCCUGCACAUUUCAAAGAAUUUAGCCAUUCUGGAAAUUCUAACAAGAAAGUUGAUUCAAAAAAGGAUUCCGAAAUUCUAAAUAAGAAACAAAAAUUACAUACAAAACAAAAAGUAAUAGAAAAUGUUCGAGAUCCUCAAAUCAUUUGGCAUAAAUCAUCUCCAUUAAAUUUUAUGUUGAGUCGAGUAUCUGGAAUUCCUCCACAAUAUAAUUACUACAAUGAGUCAAGCUUGCUUUGUUCGAUUCACAUCAGCGAUAUUUUGAGCAAAAAUUUUGGAGAUUUGAUUGAAACUGUCCAGUUCAAUUAUUGUAUUGAUGUUAAAUGGUUUCUACAGCAAUUACCCACUGAAAAAAGAAAUAUUCCAAUAUUAUUUGUUCAUGGUAAAGAUGGAGCUGAUUAUUCAGAAGUUGACAGAGUUGAAUAUAAAAACAUAAAAACUUGUCGUGUUGAUUUACCACCAUUUGGUACUCAUCAUACAAAGAUGAUGUUUUUAAAAUACAAGGAAGGAAUCAGGAUUGUAAUUCACACUGCAAACUUGGUGGAACGGGACUGGUUUCAGAAGACUCAAGGAAUAUGGGUCAGCCCAUUAUUUAUCGAGUGUCAAAGUUCAUCAAAGAUAGAGAAGUCUACAUUCUCAUUUAAACAUGAUAUGUUGGAAUAUUUAAAAGAAUAUAAGAAACAUCCUGACCUCACUAAGUGGAUUGAUCUAAUCAAUUCUCACGACUUAUCAACGGCGAAUGUAAUCUUAAUUGGGUCAGUUCCUGGUCGACACAAAGAUUCAAUGUUCCGUAAAUGGGGGCAUUUAAAGUUAGCUAAAGUUUUGAAUUCCUAUGUCGAAUCCUCUUUUGUCAAUGAAUGGCCGGUAAUUGGACAAUUUUCCAGCAUAGGAUCGCUUGGUAAUGAUAAAGAUAAAUGGAUGUGUAAAGAAUGGCUGAAGAGUUUGUCAUCCACAAAACCACAAAGGUUUGGUUCUCUGAAUGCCCCGAGUAAAAAAGCCACACUGAAACUUAUUUUCCCAACUGUUGAUAACGUCCGCACAAGUCUUGAGGGUUAUCCAGCUGGUGCAUCUUUACCAUACAGUUUUGCUGUAGCUAAGAAACAACUUUGGUUAAACAAUUUCCUUCAUCAAUGGAAAGCAGACAAUGUCGGACGAAGUUGUGCUUCACCGCACAUAAAAACCUACACACGAGUUUCAAAAGAUUAUAAACAAGCGGCAUGGUUUCUUGUAACUAGUGCUAAUUUAUCAAAAGCAGCUUGGGGCGCAUUGGAAAAGAAAGACACUCAACUUGCAAUUCGUUCAUAUGAAUUAGGAGUUUUGUUCAUUCCUGAAAGAUUUUUCCCAGAAUCAGGUAAGAAGACAUUUCAGCUUGUUGAGACUUGCGAGGCAAAAGCAGAUAUCACGCUCCCGUUCUCUACUCCCCUCGUCCAGUACUCGGAAAAAGAUGAGCCAUGGAUUUGGAAUAUUCCUCACAAACAUUUGCCAGAUAGGAACGGUAAUAUGUGGGUGCCAUCGUGAAUAUUUAUUGGCUAAGAGGAUAAUCAAACAAUCUCAGUGUCCAAUAUACUAGCGAAAGUUACCAUUCCUUUUUGUUGUGUGUGUUAUGUGUUUUCGUAAAGCUAUGACUUCUCCCGUGUAUCGAAUCUUGCUGGAUGUGACGGUUCCUUUCGUUCAAGUAAAAAUAUACUGAAUUAUCAAAUCAUUUAUGCAUUUUUAAUUUUUGUCACCAUGACUCAUUCCGAAAUUUUCGCUCUGUUGUCGUCUCUACUGAUCUCGUUGCCCUGAUGUCCGUCCCAUGCGUUGUCAUUUUUUGUACCGUAGCGUGUUUGAAAUGAAUUAUCAUUUGUGGAAAUUUCAGUCAUAUUAAUAUUUUAUCACAAGUUAAAUCUUACAGCUACCAACCAUAUUUCUCUGUUUGCUUUGUGCAAUAAAUCAAGACAACUUCACAUUUUUCUCUGUUAUUUAGAAAAAUUUUCCCGACUUCAAGGCCUUGACUAUAUUUGGCUGACAACUUGUAAGAAUAUUUCGAUUCCCAUUGUUUAUAUUCUCGUCAAUGGAAAUAAUGUGAAUGACAGCAUUGACGCUUUGUUUUAAGGCAAGACCACUCACUGGUUGCAUAAUAUAUAUAAUACUCCAAUGACUCUACCAGGAGUGUAAAUUCCAUCCAUUACCUGAAUGUUGAAAUAUAAUUUUAUUUUAGGAAGCAUUUCGAAGUCCUUUUCCACAGUCUGUCAAUUUAUUUUAUUUUAACCAAUAAACAUAAUAUAUGUACACAAAUAUAAGGAAAAAAA